AACCCUGCACUUAAUUUACUCAGGCCCGCAACGACCGGACGUAAGACCAAGUUGUUAUAUAGAAUCUAGUUCGCAUAGGUUGUCCCCUUGUCUGUUACAUGUAAUGCAUCAUGCUUCGAACAAGCAGUAGGCAUAUGGACAGUCCAAGUCGACCAGAAAGAGACGAAUUUACAAGAAGUACAAACUGGAGAUCUUCGCUAAGGUCGACUAAAGAUGGAAGGUCUGUAGAAAAUGGAAACGGUGUCAGAUCUGGCAUUCGUAGUACAACCGACAAAGAAAAUCUCGGAAAGUUUAAAAACGGUUGCAGUGAUCAUCAAGCUAAGCCUGACGAAUCCAACAACGCUAAAGAAAAGAAAUCGGAACAAAAAUCGGACGUAGCAAACCGCGCAAAAAAGAAAUUUCUCGAGCAUUUAUCAAAAUUUCAAAAAGAAUCAAAAUCGACCGGUUUUAACUUGAAUCGUAACAACAACUUUUAUCGGUCGUAUAGAAAACCAAACGAAGAUAAGUCUGCCGCUGCUGCUGCACCUGCCAGAAGGUCUUACAGGUUACCCUCAUCUUCACGUCCUAGAUUUGAUACUGGUAGUAGCAGUACAAGUAGUAGUGUUGCUUCUUCUUCAAUCGAAUCGCCUUCAAAUAGACGAAGUUCACGUAAGAACACAAGAGUAACUGACUCUAUUAGUGAAAUUGAUAACAGUGGAAUCAGCCAAGAGGAAAAUAAAGCAAAGCCACCCAAAGCAGGAGUGACGUCAGAGAGUACGUCAUCUAUUAAAUAUGACAGCGACCAAUCAUCGCUUGAUUACAGCUUAAAAGGAAACGUAGGAUCUUGUACGUCAUCACGCCCCACAUCUGCUUCGUCUAACGUGACAUCAGACAGCUCCCGGUCAACAUCUAGCGGUGUACGAAAAGCAACACGAGCUGAAUUAGCAAUGGAACGACAUAUGGAACGAAUGCGUAAAGCGUCACAGGGGAGUUCUACUACCGGAUCACCUCAGUUUAAAAACACAUCAUCUGCUACAAAAUUACGUCAGAGGUCGAAUACUGACGUCGACAGAAUUCUUGAUGACGUCAUCUCGCCGACACGAUUUACACUCCCGAAGGAUACGACACGUCAGAAUAAUCGAAACGACGAUAACAAGUCGUUAUCUGAACUAAUAGACGAUUGGGUUACCGAAGGUUUAUCUGAUACCACGUUCACCUUGAACGACAUUCCAGGUCCAAAGCUGAAAAGAUCGGCCACUGUCGGCACUGUUGAGCACACCAAGCAAUCCUCACACAGUCCCAAGCCCGUAGCGUCAAAUUCGGAGUGGAACAGUGUGAAUAUAGUCGAAGAUAAUGUAUUUGCGGCCGCGACUCCCCCUGUCAAGAAACGAGGUUCAGCUUCGAAGCUUGAUUUAUCACGUGACAAAGUGACUAGCAAACCUCCGAAAGCAAAGACUCCUUCAAAAAGCGAAUCAUUCAGAGUUAAAACUAAAAGCAGUGAAAGCUGUGUCGUCACAUCCGAUGCAACCCUCGCUCCGAAAACGGUUGUUUCGCCAAAUUCGGUUUCCAGAGCGAAGAAACCUUUGUGGGAAGAUUUGAAACAAACCGAUCUUGUUAUUGUCGAAAAGGACAGCUUGGGUACUUCCCCUACACUGCGACAAGACAUAUAUAGUGAACCGGCAAAACGAUCGACUCCAAUUAAACAGAAAAGUGGGGAAAACGACACGAAAUUUGAACCCAACUUUUCGAGUGGGGAGCCGAAAUUUUCGACGAAACGAAAUCGGAAAGAAAAUAUCGCGGAUACCGAUAUCAACUACAGUGCUGAAGAGGCGAUUGAUACCUUUCGUCGUUUAUCUGAGGAAAUUGACUCAAUAAAGGAAAGGGGGUUUCGGCCGAGUUUGGUUGAAGCAGUCGGUCGUAAAACCUCGAAAUCCAAAAAAGAUACAAAAGUUAGGAGGGACGAAGCAAUUGAUGGUGAAGGUAUACCGCCUACACCGGUGAUCGUGGAUACGUCAUCGCAGAUUAAACGUGAAGAUAUUGAAGCAAAGGCCACGCCAGUGUUGCACAGGAAGAAAAUCGUGAAAUCUUCCAGUGUGGACAGCAAACCUACAGCGGUUAAGACUGAAAAAAGUUCGGAAACACUGGUUAGUGCGAGUGACAGGGCAGAGCACGAUCAGCAGAGAAACGUCUCAUCAGGAAGGAGCCGAGGCGGAAGUACGUCACAAUCAGGAGCGGCACAAGAGCAAAGAGUGGGAGAAAAACGAACAGAGCGGUGUUCUCCUCUGUCCGGUAACAAACACGAGCAGAAUAUUUUGUGCGAGCAUGAGACCGACAGCUUAAGUGGCAGUUUAAGUUUUUCACCAAAAGUCAAAGAAGAAGAUUUGACUUUGAUCAACUCUCCGUUACCAGAAGACUUAGCAACGCCAGUAAACGUUGCUCAAGUUGAAAAGUUUAACCUACCAACCGACAACGAAUUCUUGUCACUCGAAGAAAUACAGCUCGCCACUAUGUCCAGCAAAUCUCGCAGAUCAACGUUAAGCAAAGCUGAGAAAAUAGCCCGUCUUAAAAUUGCUGCAGCCAAGUUUGCAUAUACUCCGGUGUCAGAUGACGAGUCAGUAAUUUCUGACGGAACCGGUAGUGACGUCACAGAUGUAGAUUCGUCAUGGCUCGGUGCUUCGGACUCCGACACUUCAGUGUCCUCUCUCGGAUCAGUGAAGACGAGCAGAAGAAAGAGCAAAACUCCUGCUGCCGAGAAUCUCAAGGACACUCAAGAAGAUUUGAAGAUCGGGAACAUGAAAAAAAUAUGGGAGGAAAAGAAAAAUGAUGUCAAUUCAAAACCUUCCUCCACCGGAGGACCUCACUGCUCUCAGGAAAAACACAGCCAUCAACGAUGUUAAAGCAACGUUUGAGUCCCCUAAGCCCGCUGCUCAACAGCGACCUGUAG